AGCCAGAGCCUAGAGAGGGGGAGUGGAAAGGGGGCUCAGAGACCAGGACAGGAGAGCUCAGGCUCCAGGGCGGGUUGAGCCUUGGGUUGGGUGAAGUCUUAGCAAUCCAAGGCCCCGCCCCAAGGCGGGACCCGUGGGGCGGGGUCUCAAGGCCUGGCUUGUCCCGCUCUUCUCCACCCGGCGCCGCGCGCCACCAGGGCUCUGGAUUCACCGACGGCGGGUGCAAGGACAGACUGACCGCGGCGCAGCUCAACACAGAGCACGGAGUACAGAGGCCUCUUGAGACACGAUGCUGCUCCAGGAAUCUGCAGGAGUGUGGCUGGCAUUGGCUCUGGUCACAGCUCUGACUCUGAGCCCAAGCAUGGGCGUCCCGUGGCAGGACUGCACAGGGGCCGAGUGUCCACCGCUGGAGAACUGCAUUGAGGAGGCGUUGGAGCCAGGAGCCUGCUGUGCUACCUGUGUGCAGCAGGGCUGUGCCUGUGAGGGCUACCAGUACUACGACUGUGUACAGGGAGGUUUUGUGGAUGGCCGUGUACCCGCCGGCCAGUCCUACUUUGUGGACUUUGGCAGCACCGAGUGCUCCUGCCCACCGGGUGGUGGUAAGAUCAGCUGCCAGUUUAUGCUGUGCCCUGAGCUACCACCCAACUGCAUUGAGGCUGUGGUAGUAGCUGACAGCUGCCCGCAGUGCGGUCAGGUGGGCUGUGUCCACAGUGGCCGUAAGUACGCUGCUGGCCACACUGUCCACCUCUCAUCCUGCCGGGCCUGCCACUGUCCCGACGCUGGUGGUGAGCUCAUUUGCUACCAGCUUCCUGGUUGCCAUGGUAACUUCUCAGAUGCUGAGGAAGGUGACUCUGAGAGGCAAUAUGAAGACCCUUACAGCUAUGACCAGGAGGUGGCUGAGGCAGAAGCUACUGUGGCCAUUGUGAACGAGGUCCAGGCAGGUGCAGAAGGCCCCCCAGCUGCUCUGGGAGGUGGAAAUCUGCCACCAUCCUCCAUCCGAGUAACCCCCUGGCCAGUUGCCCUCCCCAGACCCACGGCAGCUGCUGCCCUGGGUCCUCCAGCACCUGUGCAGGCCAAAGCCAGGAGAGUGACAUUGGACAUUGAUGAGGAAGAGGAGGAAGAAGUGGAGGAGAUACUAGCCACCGAACCGCCAGUAGCAGGUAGUCCCGGAAGGCUGGACAGCUUGCCCACAACAUCCCCAGCCAGACCUGGUCUCCCUGUCCAGGAGAAGGAGGCUGAAGCCAAGGCAGGGCCUGAGGAAAACCUCAUUCCUGAGGCCCAGGCCACUUCUCGAAGUGUCACACAGGAGGGUGCUGCACCUCUGCCUAAGUCAGGCCUGGCUGGUCUCAGUCCGUCUCUGGCCACUGACAGCUCUUCAGAGGAUGCACUGAAGUCCAGCAGUCAGCCCACUCUAUCUACACUGCCACCUGACCGAGCCCAGGUCUCACCCUCUCCAGAGACGCCUGAAGAAAUACCCCAGCGUCCGCAGUUGCUACCUCGAUCCCGAGCAGAAGAAGACACAGACCCCAACUCAGUACAUUCUGUCCCCAGAGGUGAUCCUGAUGGCUCCACCAAGGACCUGGUCGAGACAUGCUGUGCAGCGGGCCAGCAGUGGGCCAUCGACAAUGAUGAGUGCCAGGAGAUCCCUGAGAAUGGCGCGCAGAGCGACGUCUGCAGGAUAGCCCAGAGGCACUGCUGCAUCUCCUACUUGAAAGAGAAGAGCUGUGUGGCCGGCGUCAUGGGGGCCAAGGAGGGUGAGACCUGUGGAGCCGAGGACAAUGAUACCUGUGGGGUCUCCCUGUACAAGCAAUGCUGUGACUGCUGUGGCCUGGGACUCCGUGUGCGGGCUGAGGGCCAGUCGUGUGAGUCCAACCCCAACCUGGGCUAUCCCUGCAGCCACGUCAUGCUCUCCUGCUGUGAAGGCGAGGAGCCUCUCAUAGUGCCUGAGGUCCGCCGGCCACCAGAGCCUGGGGCCACUCCUCGCAGAGUUUCAGAGACGGAGAUGGGAAGCCGGGAGGCCUUGUCACUGGGCACAGAGGCUGAACUGCCCAAUAGCCUGCCGGGAGAUGACCAGGAUGAGUGCCUGAUGCUCCCUGGGGAGCUUUGCCAGCAUCUUUGCAUCAACACUGUUGGCUCCUACCGCUGUGCCUGCUUCCCUGGAUUCGAGCUGCAGGGUGAUGGCCGCACCUGCCGCCCAGAUGGAGGUGCCCCACAGUUGGACACUGCACGAGAGUCUGCACCGAGGUCUGAGUCUGCCCAGGUAUCUCCCAACACCAUCCCCCUGCCAGUGCCACAGCCCAAUACCUGCAAAGACAAUGGGCCCUGCCGGCAGGUGUGUCGCGUUAUUGGCGACACAGCCAUGUGCUCCUGCUUCCCUGGCUACGCCAUCAUGGCAGAUGGUGUGUCCUGUGAAGACAUCAAUGAGUGUGUGACGGACCUGCACACGUGCACCCGGGCCGAGCACUGCGUGAACACGCCAGGCUCCUUCCAAUGCUACAAGGCUCUUACCUGUGAGCCAGGAUACGUUCUCACAGAUGGCGAGUGCACCGACGUGGACGAGUGCGUGACAGGCACGCACAACUGCCAGGCAGGCUUCUCAUGCCAGAACACCAAGGGUUCCUUCUACUGCCAGGCCCGGCAGCGCUGCAUGGAUGGCUUCUUGCAGGAUCCCGAGGGCAAUUGCGUAGACAUCAAUGAGUGCACAUCGUUACUGGAGCCUUGCCGCUCAGGAUUCAGCUGCAUCAACACGGUGGGCUCCUACACGUGUCAGAGGAACCCACUGGUCUGCAGGCGUGGUUACCAUGCUAACGAGGAGGGCUCUGAAUGCGUGGAUGUGAAUGAGUGUGAGACAGGUGUGCACCGCUGUGGUGAGGGCCAAUUGUGUUACAACCUCCCUGGAUCCUACCGCUGUGACUGCAAGCCCGGCUUCCAGAGGGAUGCAUUUGGCAGGACCUGCAUUGAUGUGAAUGAAUGCUGGAUCUCGCCGGGUCGCCUGUGCCAGCACACAUGUGAGAACACACCGGGCUCCUACCGCUGCUCCUGUGCUGCUGGCUUCCUUUUGGCUGCAGAUGGCAAGCAUUGUGAAGAUGUGAAUGAAUGCGAGACUCGGCGCUGCAGCCAGGAGUGUGCCAACAUCUACGGCUCCUAUCAGUGCUACUGCCGCCAGGGCUACCAGUUGGCAGAGGAUGGGCACACCUGCACAGACAUCGAUGAGUGUGCACAGGGCGCUGGCAUUCUCUGUACCUUCCGCUGUGUCAACGUGCCCGGGAGCUACCAGUGUGCAUGCCCAGAGCAGGGGUACACUAUGAUGGCCAACGGAAGGUCCUGCAAGGACCUGGAUGAGUGUGCACUGGGCACCCACAACUGCUCUGAGGCUGAGACCUGUCACAACAUCCAGGGUAGUUUCCGCUGUCUGCGCUUCGAUUGUCCACCAAACUAUGUCCGUGUCUCAGAAACGAAGUGCGAGCGCACCACGUGCCAGGAUAUCUCGGAGUGUCAAACCUCACCAGCUCGUAUCACGCACUACCAGCUCAAUUUCCAGACAGGCCUACUGGUACCUGCCCAUAUCUUCCGCAUCGGCCCUGCUCCCGCCUUUGCUGGGGACACCAUCUCACUGACCAUCACCAAGGGUAACGAAGAGGGUUACUUUGUCACGCGCAGACUCAACGCCUACACUGGUGUGGUAUCCCUGCAGCGGUCUGUUCUGGAGCCACGGGACUUUGCCCUGGACGUAGAGAUGAAACUGUGGCGCCAGGGCUCUGUCACCACCUUCCUGGCCAAGAUGUACAUCUUCUUCACCACUGUUGCCCCGUAAGGUGACAUGUCAGGCAAUCCCUCCAAGUGGUGGGCGUCUGGGCUGUGGGCAGCCGUGCCACUCCUAAGUGGCUUUUUGCUGUGACUCUGUAACUUAACUUAAUCAUGCUGACCUGAUUGGUCUUGAGUCUCUCCACCUUGGAGGGAGGGAAAUGCACCCCAACAGGCACUGAGUACAGGCCAAGGUCUCCUGAGGCGGGAUGAUGGCUGGCAAACUGGAAACAGCCAUAGGGGGCUUCUGAAUGCCACUCCUCACCUAUGGCUAAAGCUGACACUCCAUUCCUGCUUCCACUGUGUUCUUCAAUUAAAAAAAAUCAGCUGUGCAUGGUAGCACAGACCUUUAAUCCCAGUACUGGAGAGGCAGAGGUAGGUAGAUUUCUGGGAGUUCCGGGCUAACCUGGUCUACACUGGGAGUUCUAACCGGCCAGAGCUAUAUAGACCCUGUCUCAAAAAGGAAAAAAGAAAAAAAAUAAUUUUAAAAGUUUUUUUUGCCGUUGUUGUUUAAUGAUAAGAAUAGUGCACAUACAUUAUUAAAAAUGAUCAAAUAGCACGAAAGGUCA